UCUAACCCACGCUGGUAUCGGGCGAUUGUGGUUUAAUAUGAGAUUAUUUAAAUAAAAUAAUACACGAACGGUCUACACAAACAAUGAAUAUUCCACGCUGUUGUUGACCUUCGACUCUGUUGGUAAAUCGCUAUCAGUUUCACGUAUCUACCUCUACCAUAUUUCUUGAAGUUCGAAGAUAAACGUGACGGAGUUAGGGCCUUGCGCCGAUAAGAAGAAGUCAAAAUAGAGAUAUUGUGGCUAUAAUAAACGGUUCGGCGUAAUGAAUGAACCACUUGGGUCGUAAAUUUUGCGUGGUAGAGACGGGACCUCGGUUGUUUUGGUAAUACUGAGGAUGGAUAGGAUCAGGAACGGAUGGUUUAGUGAAAUAUCCAACCUGUGGCCGGGACAGUGCUUCUCGCUCGAGGUGAAGAAGGUCUUGUGCGUGGACAAGUCCGAUUAUCAAGAUAUUUUGGUUUUCGAAUCGAAGAAUAAUGGGAUCACACUAGUAUUAGACGGUAUUAUACAAUGUACGGAAAAAGACGAGUUCUCCUACCAAGAAAUGAUAGCAUUUCUGCCACUUUGUGUUCACCCUAACCCGGAAAAGGUGCUUAUAGUAGGCGGCGGCGACGGUGGGGUCGCCAGGGAAGUGGACAAACAUCCCCUUGUUAAAGAGAUUGUUCAGGUGGAAAUCGACGAGAAAGUCGUCGCCGCCAGCAAAAAGUACAUCCCCUUCAUGUCGGAGGGCUUCAAUUCCCCGAAGCUGACGUUGAAGAUAUGCGACGGUUUCGAAUUCAUGAAGAACCACAUCAGCGAGUUCGACGUCAUCAUCACGGACUCCUCGGAUCCCAUCGGACCGGCGGUUAACCUAUUCACGGAGUCGUAUUUCAGGUUGCUGAAGGGCGCCCUCAGGCCAAACGGUAUUAUUUGUUCGCAAGGCGGUUCGAUGUGGUCGGAGCUGGACCAGCUCAAGCAGACCCUGGAGAAUUGCAAGAAGCACUUCAGGACCGUUCAGUAUGCCACUUCAAGUGUUCCCAGUUACCCGGACGGGCAGAUAGGGUACGUGCUCGCUGCCUUGGACGAGGGCGUGGAUCUGAGAAAGCCUCAUUAUAGGUUCACCGAGGCUCAAAUCGACGAACUUAAGCUUAGGUACUACAACGACGAUGUACAUGGCGCCGCCUUUGUGUUGCCGAAUUUUAUCAGGCGGGUGAUUUGUAAUCAAUAAAAUAUUUGUUUUAAA